AUUCGAAGAUGGCUGAGAAAUUAGUGCCCCUGCCGACGGUGGAGAAGCUCAGUAGUCGUGUUAUUCGUGUGCUUGGAGGGAAUCCGGGCAAGGUGAGCAUCCCCUACAGCUAUGACACCGUAAUCUGACAAUCUACCAGUUCUCACUGCAAGGUCCGAUGUUGUAGCAUUUCGCUCGUGAUAUGAAUGCUAAAAUUUGAAGGCACAAACACAUACAUUGUUGGUCAAGGCUCAAAACGUCUUCUCAUCGACACCGGCGAAGGCAAACCAGCAUGGAUUGCAUCCAUAAAGUCCGUGUUGGACAAGGAGAACAUCACAAUAGACAGGGCUAUCCUGACACACUGGCAUCACGAUCACAUUCAGGGUGUGCCUGACCUGCUUGAGCACUCGCCCAAUACCAAAGUCUACAAGAACGACCCACACGACGACUGGCUUGACAUAAGCGAUGGCCAGAAGUUUGAAACUGAAGGCGCGACACUGCGAGCAUAUCACUGCCCAGGCCAUACCACCGACCACAUGGCGCUCAUUUUAGAGGAAGAAGACGCAAUGUUCACGGCCGACAACGUACUCGGCCAAGGUACCGCCGUCUUUGAAGAUCUCACCGCCUACUUGAAAAGUCUCUCUGGUAUGUCCCAGCAAUUCAGCGGUCGCGCGUACCCAGGCCACGGGCCGGUGAUCCCAGACGGCCCCGCAAAGAUAGCCGAAUACAUCGCGCACCGCAAGCAGCGCGAGAAGCAAGUUCUCGACGUGCUUUCGCAGGACAGGGAUGGUGGGUGGACUUCGAUGGACAUUGUCAAAGUCAUCUACAAGGAUUAUCCUGAGAAUCUAUGGGAGCCGGCUGAGAGGGGGGUGUUGCAGAUUUUGGACAAGUUGUUGAAGGAAGGGAAAGUCACGUUUGAUGAAGGCAAAAAGACGUGGGCGUUAAGUGGGAAGUCUAGGAUUUAGGUAGCCAAUGAUAUGAUGCACUAGAGAA